AUGUCUAAUGAACGUACCGGGCUUGACGCUGCCGCAACUGAACGCAAAGCACGUCUUGCGAAACUCGCAUCCCUGAAGAGAAAAAGACCAGCACCGAGUUCGACAUCUGAGCGCUAUAUUUCGGGCAGGAACUACGAUGUAACUGCCAAGGGACCGAAGCUCGGCUUCGAGCAGCAACCAGACUCGAGGCACGAAACUGUUGAGGAGGAGGCACAACGUAUCGCGGCAGCAGCAGCAGAACAGGCUGCCAAGGACGAGGAGGAAGCCCAGAAGGGAUUGGAUCUGUUUAAAUUGCAGCCAAAGAAGCCCAACUGGGAUCUGAAGAGGGAUCUGGCUGAGAGAAUGAAAGUGGUAGAUGUCAAGACUCAAAAUGCAAUUGCGAAACUGGUACGGGAGAGGAUACAGAAGACGAAGCAGGAAGCAGAGCAGAAAAAGGUUGGUCUACGUAAUGACGAGGGAGAGGAACUAGGCGUGGAGGGAAGCACUCUGGUCGAGGCUGUCCAUGUACGCGAGCAAGAAGACGAAAGGGAUCGCCAACGGGAAGCAUCAGACAACGAGAACGACAUCCCAUGA